UUCCGAGCAGUCCAGCUUUUCGUUCGCGCUUCGCGUGUACUUGACUAGGGGGAAAAAACUCCCGUUGGCAUCUACUAGGUACCGAAUAAAUCAGAUUCUGACUUGUCGAGAACAGCAUACAGUGCGCGAGAAGUUUUGUGUGUGGAUUACCGAUUUUGUGUUUUGGCUUGCGCAAGAACUUCGUGCGAUCGUGUGCGGAUUGGCUUUUGUUUUCGAUGUUUUGUUGUUUUUUUUUCCUGUGCUCGGUGGAUUUUUAAACUCCAAAGAACAAUCGGUUGAAAACGGCGACGGACGGUGUUUUGUUGCUUUUUUUGUGUGCCUUGAAUCGGUUUUCUCGAACCGUGAACUGAAGAGAUCGUGAGUGAGUGUUGCUGGCGAAAGAGGGACGCAAAGCGAUGAUAACAGUUAAUUGCUGAGAAAUCUCAGUCCUCACGGUCGAUUUUUUCGGGGAGAUCUGUCGGAGCCCCGGGAAAGUGUAUCACGAGAUCCAGCGCUGCUGCGGCAGUAAUGCAGGAAAUGUGCUGUACUUAAAAGUCGCUUAAAAAUUCGCCACCUGCGAAGAGUUACGAGGAGAACCCGGGAGAGCCGUGUGAGUCUUGCUGGUACAGAUAAGACGAGAGAAGCCAUAACCCAUCUCAGAGCUCCAUUGCACUUCUAGACAGUGCUUACUUGACUUGCCCUUAGCUCGGGAUUGCUUUGGAAGGUUUACCACCGUUCGGACAAGACGGGACGGUAAAAGGGCCCCCGAGAGAAAAGGGGUUUGGUGGUGGUGAGUGGUAAAAAUAUGAAAACGAGAUAGUUUCAAAAGACGCGCGGCUUCAUCGGAGACGGCAAAAAGGAGAGAUGUUUUCGAAAAACGGCCACCUCCAAGGACCGGCGGAGGCGCGGUGACGAAACCCACCAGCACAACAGAUCAACUCCGGACAGACGGUCGAGCCGACCGUGAGUGUGUGUCUUUUAUGAAUAAUUAAACAUAUGGAAAGUGUUGAACGAAGCAGUCGACAGCGACGACGGCGAAGACGACGACGGAUUAUACGCGCAGGCCGACGGUGAAACGCGGGCACCCCAGGAGCCAAAAGGCUAAAGGCCCCCUCAACGUGGCGCGUAAUUUGAGCUCAGCCCGAAUUGACGAAGAAAAGUUUCCAUUUUGCUCGGUCGUGUGUUUUGUUGGUUUUCGGGAAGAUAUUCGAGUGCAGUUCGAAGUACUUAAACUUGCGCAACUUUUUUCGCCCUUCAAGGACGGGAUUCGAGGGAAAGCGUUGGAAUUUGCCGGGUUCAAGUGAAGAUUCCCGGAGAGGUGAAACUGGAGAAGAGAUAAGAGAAAAAUUCUUUCGAAGAAGAAGUUGUGGGUGUAAGAAAAGAUAAAAAACGAGCUGAAAACAAACGUGAAAAGAAGAUAUACGGGAAAAUAAGAGUUUCGGAAGGCGAGAAGAGAGCAUGCUGCUGAAGAAAAGAAGGCACCUGGGAAGAAAAGGUCAAAAGUUUGCUUACGGAAAAAAACGAAGCUGUUGUGAACCAUAAUUGCGAUAGUAAUAAGCACAAAAUUGUGAUAAUCUAUACAUAAUCUCUUGAGGGCGAAGAGUGAACGUUCGCGCGAAGUGCCUCAAAGUAUACGCGAAAAUAAAACGCUAUGAAACGCAGAAGUUAAAUAAAACGAAUCUCUAAUAAUGUGUAAUUUUUCAAAACAUAUCAUACUAACACUCGGUAUAAACGUUGGCGACGGGUCUGUCAGAAGAGCUAGCAGCAACCGUAGCGGAAUUAUCGGAGAACCAACGCUUGGCCGCAACAGCCCAGCAGCAACAGCAUCGUGUAGCAGCCGUCCUAUCCGCGUCAACAAGUGUGUAACAAGCGAAGAGAUUUAAUAGGAUUGUAAAAAGUUUAUCACUCGAAUAAAUCAAUUAUAAAUCGAGGCAGCAGCAUCACAGCUCUAGCAUCUCGAAACCACCAUAGGCAAUAGCCAGAGAUCCAGAGCCCAUUGCUGCUAGUAGGAGCGAGACCAGAACGACACGAAUCCCAGUUUACUGGAACAUCAUCACCGAGGAACGGGGAGAGUGCGCAAAAUGUUUGACGUUCGUACCGUGGAAGCCGGUGGAAGUUGUGAUCAAGAUCGUGAUAGUGAUACAAUGUCAAUCACAGCGAGACGACGACGUGCAUUUCAACGGCAGGCCUGUUUACUGAGCGUUAUGGCCGCGUUUUCCCUCGGACUGGCACUUGGCGUGUUUGUGCCACUAAUUGGUAUGUCACAGGCGGUGACGAAUGCGAAAGGUUCGAGCAGUAGUAGCACUAGUAGCGGCAGUAGUGAUAGUGACAGUGCCAUCGAUGGGACAGAAACCGGUCCCAGCCCGAUGGGAAGGUUCGAACAUUUACCCCACAAAUUGCCCCACUUUCCGACGAUUGACGAUCUGAGGGGGAAGGAUUCGUACAAUUCCGUGUCCUUUAUCGCUGAAGAGAAACUGAAAGCGGAGGACGUUUUUCGCCACGCGUUUCACAUUGAUCAGCGCGAUGAUAAGGAUACGAUGGUGAUUAAGAAAUUCGAUCCCGAGGAUCGAUACAUCAAAGAGUACACGGUACGACGAACUCCGGAUGGUCUUUUUCACAAAGGCCCCGAGAAGAAACUUUCGCAGCCAUCCAUCAUCGAGCAGAUCCUGAGCUCCGGUAAGCCGGAGAAGGAAAAUCAGGACGAGGCCUCGAUUCAAAUUGUCAACCACAACUACGAUCAGGACGAUCUUGAAGACACAGACGGCGUGAUAUUGAACGAUAUCUUUUGGGGCUCGACAGUCGAACAGUCGCUUCCGAAGGGAUUCGAUAAACGUCAGAGUGACUCAUGGACUCGGUACUUGCAGAAUGCCGAGGUUGACCACCUGGAAGUUGGCUGCGGCCGAAUGCAGAACAGAAUGGUCGUGUUUCGGGACGGGACCCGUGCGUGCGCCCGAUAUCGACAAAACACGGACCAAAUCCAAGGAGAACUGUUCAGCUUCUAUCUUGGUCAGCUGCUGAACAUCACAAAUCUCGCACCAAGUGCAGCAUCGAUCAUCGACAUGGAAACCAAGCUGUGGUCCUCCGUGACGGAUGACAUCUCGAAUUCCCAAUGGAAAUCCACUAAACCGGUCGUGAUUACCAAAUGGAUCGGACAUCUUGAACCAGCGGGAAUUCCGAAACCGUUUCAACCCCUGGAACGGCACCUCAACAAAUUGGACGUCAAAAACAUCACCGAAGGGCUCGAUAUACCAAAAUCACCGCCCACUUUGCUGGAUCGGCUUGGUGCCACGCCGAUUCCGGAGCUGCAACCCAUUCGGCCGCCCGGUGCCCCACUGGGUGAACAUGUCCUCCAGCGUCUGGUAGAACUGGCACAAUGGUCGGAUCUGAUCGUGUUUGACUAUCUGAUUGCAAACCUCGAUCGGGUGGUGAACAACUUGUACAACUUCCAGUGGAAUGCAGACAUUAUGGCCGCUCCAGCGCAUAAUCUCGCGCGGCAGGCCGACUCGCAGCUGCUGGUCUUCCUGGACAACGAGUCCGGGCUGCUACAUGGCUACCGUUUGCUGAAAAAGUACGAAGCCUACCACGGUUUGCUGCUGGACAACUUGUGCGUAUUCCGGCGCUCGACGAUCGUGGCCUUGCAGCAUCUACGGGACAACGAUGUCGGCCAGCGGCUGAACGAACUUUUCGAACGCACCACCAAUGCCAAGAUCCGGGACGUACUGCCACCGCUGCCGGAGAAAUCCGUUAAGAUACUAGUCGAUAGGAUUGAUCGAGUGUUAGGUCAAGUGCAAAAAUGUCGUGAAAUUUUCUCCAAUCGAUAGCCCGUGUGGGAAAAGAAGCCGGGAAGGACCGAGGAAGGGAAAUAGUACGCUGGUCGUGUUCAAAAAGAAGGUUUUUUAUUAAUUUUUCUCUUGCGCCCCUGCGGGAUCUCUCCUUAGGACCUACGUGCGAUUGCGCCGUAGCGAUAUGCGAGUGCGCCGGAGCCGGAGGGCGGUGCGGUGGCCGUGCGCGAGGUAACGAUCGUUUGGUUAGUGCUGUUUUGUUGUUUCGUUUAUUAUUUUUGUUUGUUUGUUGCCAUGCUUCAACUCCUACAAAACCAGCGCAUCGAGACUGUGUGUGUGUGUAUGUUUGAGUGUGUCUGUGUGUGUUUGUGUGCGGCCCUCUCGCUUGCUCGAAACCUGGAGCAGAACCGAUUCCGGCAUAAUGGGACGGCCCGGGGAGGCCCCCAGCCGAGUGCGCUCAGGUGACCUCCGAGGAGCUGAUACACAUUGCCCGCAAGUUAGGUUGGUCGGGGUUCGAUUUAGCCCGUUUUAGUUCUUAGUUUUGUGAACAGUCUGAGAUUUAGGGAAUUCAUCGCGAUACCCCCCAAAGCCGGCGCAAACAAAGGCAUCCGGGGAAAUUGGUUUUAGGUAAAGGAAAAUAGCGAGAGAGAUUGAAAGACAAUAUAAAAUAUUUUAGUGAAUAGUGCAAAGAAGCGGGAAUAGUGGAAUGUGCAUGUGUGUAUGUACAUGAAAAACUUGUUUGCUUGUGGUUGAUAAUGCUAAGGCGCCAAUAAUUGGCGACAUCUGGUUACGCGUUUACAGGUUUUUACUCCUGUACAUUUCGUAGAGAAGCCUACGUGUUGUGCUUUUAAUUUUCAAUUCUUUUAUUAGUCAAAAAUGUCAAACAUUUACUGUGUUACCAGGUUGUUUUAAACGAAAUUUAAGUUUUCCUAGUUGAUCUUACCUAUUUUACUUUCUCCUCAUGGGUAUAUUAUUUCAAUUAGAAAUCAGCCAAAAUAUCCCGAAGCGACAGUAAUUAACUUGUAAUUGCUUAUAGCAGCCGCAGAUGGUCGGCUAAAAUUGACGACCAAGGCUGAUUGGUUGUAAAACAGCUUCAAUUGUAUAACGGUUGUCGUAUAGUUUUAAUUGAUUUAUUGAACGAAAAAUUAUUUUGCAGAGCGCCAUUCAGAGAGCAGCAUGUUUUAUGCUGAUUCUUACUGUAGGGCAUUUAGAUUUUCCGGUCGAUUGCUGGGCAUAGCCGAAAGGAGCCUAUGUGUGAAAAAAUUGCCAUAAAAGGCGUUGGGUUUGUUCGAUAGUAUCAGGUAUUGAAAGUAGUUUAGAGUUGCAGAUAAAAAAACGUACCUGCGGGUGUCAUUUUAUAAAAUCACUGUAACAUUCACGUAUAAUAUCAAAAAAAUGUAAGCUCAAACCUGAUAUGUUAUAUAAUCAAUUUAUCAGCGCAAAUAAGUUUAAAUGGUAACGGUUCUGAAAAGACGUUUCCCCAAGCAGUGGCUAUAAAUAUUUUAUUUGUCUUCCGUGAGUUCUAACGGAAAACUUUUUACAGCCUUUUCAAUUCAAUCUAAGACUAGAAAAACAAUCUAAAUCGGAUAUUUUCAUCUGGUUGAAGGCUCCUCACAGGGUUUAAUGAGUUCCAAUUAUGUUUGACACACUGACACACAGAGUAAAACAGCAGAAUGAAGGAGUGAAAGAAAAACAGUGCUUUGUGCUUCUUUUUGAGUGAAAUAUUUUCUGAUGUGCUGAUCAAAAAUGCGUUUGUUUACCUUCUAAAAGAUGUUUUCGUGUCUAGGUUAUCCAGUUAUGCGCCAUAUUUCCAAUUUAUUUUAUUGGAAUUCCACAAUUUAUGCAUCGAUUGAACAUCGUUUCGAAUUAUAUAGGUUCGAUUAAUACAAAAAAAAAACAUGUUUCGUCCCGCUCUAUUGCAACUUGACGUGCAUACUAUUUCGCCUGAUUAAAUUAUUGAAAGUUAUGCUUAUAGUUUUGGUAUGAAAACCUUUUAUUCGUAAUUCACAUAAGCCUUGAUUUUUACAAAUGCCGCUGAUAUUCAUCAAUUUAAACAAAAAAUUGAACUUCGCUUAGUAGACUUUCAUAAAUUUUGCAGCGAAACAUUUAUUCAAUCAUGAACACUUUUAACCAAUUCAUAAUUUAAACAGUCAUGAUAGAAACAUGAACAAACAUCGAUCUUCAUGAAAAAGUCACAUACUAAGCUUUUCAGAUUGGCCCAGACGACCGUCAACCUCUUGUCAAUCAUUUUUUCUUAACUUCAUAACCAAUUCUUUAAUACUACAGUGCAUUACCAGAGACUCCAGUUUCAAAUAUUGGUGUCAAACAACUAAAUAAUUUUCGGUCCAAGACCAUGAGUCACUUUGAAAAUUUUAAUGGAACUUCUCACAUAUAAUAAAUGUAUGUCAAAAAUUCGAUUCAUAGAUUUUUAUUGGCUGUAACAAACUCUUUCAUAGAAAUUUGCUUUAUUGUUUUAGGGUAUUUUUUAAAUUUAAAACUAUAUUCACUAAUUUAAACUCAUGCCAUGGAUGUCACUUUCAACCUACAGAAUCAAAUUUAUACCAACAGAAGAUUUUACUAAAUUUAAAGAGAAGAGAGUUAAAAGAAGUCGUUAAUUUCGUUAACUUUCAAUGGCGCUACCUUAGUAUUCUCGUUACCAAUCAAUAGCUCUGAACUCUGUUGAGUAAAUGUAAAUCUUGAAAUGUGACGAUAUGGUGUUUGUUUACAAUACCCGAUAUUGAUUUUUCGCUCUUACUAAUACAACGUUAUGUGUCUGUGUCUUUAAUUGGUAAACUAAGAUAAUAAAUCCUUAUUCCAAAUCAAACUGCACACAGCCUUCGCACAAAUUUAUCUGUUUGCGGUUCUAACAAAAAGGUUUAAAUUGUUUAAAAGCUAUCAAUGUUUCAACUUUCCAAGUACGCCCUUUUCAAAUAUUGAUAUCUCUUGAUGGGACAAACGAAAAAUAUAUCUUCUGGCUUCAUUCAGCAACUUGUGUAUUUUAUUUAGAAAAAAAAUUGGAGGUGAGUUAUUACUUAAAAAUGAAUGAAAUCAGUUCGAAACUGCUCAUUGUUUGUCAAAAAAGUGAGGUUUUUACGGCUUAGUUUUCUAUUUGGUAAAACUACCGUACAUAUUCUCCGGUAAAGUUGAAUGUAAUCUAAUUUAGUAUAACUUUGCAAGAGAAAAACCUUUAUCUUCAGAGAUAAAUUGACUAAUAAAGAGUAAUUUCACUUGAUUGACAAGAAUUAGCAGAUUAAAACUGAUUUUAAUUAAUUUUAAGAAACAUCUCAUCUUCAUACUUUUUAUAAAAUAAAAUACACAAGUUGCUAAAUUAAACUAAAAGGUAUUUGUUUCAUUUGCCUAAAGCAAAAAAAUCAACAUAUCAAAGGCGCGUGUUUCGAAAAUUAGAACGGUAAUACAUAGCUUUUCACUCGCAAAAGAUAUCUUGAAGUUUAGCCACCAAAAUUUACGUCUAUUAAGUUCUAAAAGUCAUGUGUUAACUUUUCAGAGAAAUUUGAAUUGCAAAAAAUAGAGCAAAACCUGGUUUUAGACCACUCUGAGCAAAAUUGUUCUAAUUCAGUCAACUCAAAAGCUGCGAACAAGAAGCCAAGAUUGCCUAAAAUAACGUGGAAAACUAACAUUUUCCCGCAAACAAAACUUUUAGUUACUUUAUCUUGCUGAAUUUAGGAUCACCCUAUUUUUUUCUUCAGCUUAAGGCGAAACGAUGUUAAAGCCACAAACGGCCGAUUUCGAGCCACCACUUCCAACUUUUAAUGGCACAAGACUCGGUAAUAUUCAAUGCGUCAUCAGUGAAAACGCUAUUAUAUGUUUUCUGCAGUGAAGUAAACAUUAAAUAGCAUUUUCACAGAUAAUGCAUUAUCUAGUUCCAUUCGUGACUUCAAAACCGUUUCACCUUAAAGCUAGACUUACUUAUAAGAAACAACUUCGUCAUAGAGAGAAUGACUCUAAAGCCACAACAAAAAAUCGAAAAGCAUUCUCAUGAUCAAGAAGUUGAAAUUUUUAUAAAUCUUACCCACGACUUACGAAACUUUACAUUGAAAGACGGUUUCAUACAUAAUUGAACAGAAUAUUAUUCUAAACUGAAUUCCAAAUCAUAAUUUGUCUGAGAGCUGCUUAUUAUCGAGGGAUGUGCAACUACUGUCGAGUUGUCAAUAUUAGAAUUGCUCAUAAUCCUUUCAAAGUUCUCAUACAUAAACUGCCGGUAACCGCAAGUCAGUCCCAUCUGUAAAAAUAUGAAAUCGAGAAAACAGCUUCGAAAGAUAUUUUGUUCACGCUCAGUUAUCUUUUAUUUAAGAUGAAUUAUUUUAACAUAAUUCAUGCUAAAAUAUAGUUUGCAUACUAGCCUUCACUAAUUACGUUGUAACAACCACUGAAAUCAUUCAUUUCAUGAUGAAAACUUUGAGUGUGACUGACUUGCCGUUACAUUCUACACCGGAGAGAAAAGUAACCGCAAAUCAGUCACAUUGUCAUGUUGAUGCUUUAGUCUGUGUUGUUAUUCGUUACCGUGAAAAGCCGCCAAUCUUUCGCAGUUCGGAAGUGUAUGUCCAUGAAAACAGUUUAAGAAUGUCGGCGUUGGAAAAUAUCAUGAUGUACGGAACCGAUAAAAGCUCGUCCGGUGAGGAUUCGGAUGAAGAAAUUGAAUCCAGGACUGCAGUUGGUUCCCGAUCAGAAGAACAUAACUAAAAAAUUACAAAAUUUUAUCAACGGGAUAUACAAAUAACAUAUUUUGAUACGAUUUUGUAUUCUCCCAUUUGCUUUCGAUAACAAAAUUGAUCUGAAUGAGUUAUAAUAACAAAUCCUGAAAUGAAGUUGUUCUGAAACAAAUCUAAAAAUGUUUGCGUCUCUAUCAAGACCUGUUGUUUAUAACAAUGGUUGUUAUUAUACUGUUCUUUAUGCUAUCUAAUUUUGUUAGAAAGCAGAUACAUUACUAACAAAGUUUGAUAUGGGUUUGAUAUUAGUAGAAUAUUUUUUGUUAUGAUUUCUGUUGUUUUAACAUCUAACGGGAUCAAAAUCAAAACAUAAUCUGAAAGGUUUUUCACAUAACAAACUAACAGCCUCUGUUACAUUUUUGUUUUUUCUUUCUGAUCGGGUUCAUCCGGCAACAAACGUCAAGAUGAUCAAAAUCCGUUUCAGGUUCGAGCAUCACAUUUGAAGGUAUCUUGGAACGAUUCCCUGGAUUCUGAUGGAAGUUUUAUUCGAUACUGAAGAUUUUCCGGACAGAUCCACGAGGAAAAAAAAUGGACUUGAAUUCGUAUGAGCAGGAAAUUGUUGCACAUAAAUUCAUUACCAACUCAAACUAAAAAAUAAUCUUAAUAAUUGAUAAUUAUUACUAGAUGACUAAUUUUCAUAUAAACGGUCACAUCAAACUUCUCUUCUCCGUUCCUCGUUAAUUUUAUUGUAUUACGUUUGUUUUUUUUUUUUUUUUUUUUUUGAUUGGGACUGACUUUCGGUUAUUUUUCCUCUGGGACUGACUUGCUAUUUUUUAUCGGUACAUCUCCAAAAUCCGUUGCUAACUCAAAAUUGACAAAAUUACAGAUGGGACUGACUUGCGGUUACCGGCAGUAAAAGUGUGAGUAAAAAUUGCUGCCAAAUGAUUGUUAAACGUUUUUUCGCACAAACCAUGCUCAAGAAGUUAAAUUUCCUAACCAAUUUGAAAACCAAAAUUUUGGUAUUGUUUUUACUGCUGGGAAAAAAUGUACUCGAUGUAUUUCUCAUGAAGAAACAUUUAUUAUCAACGAAAAAAAAAGCAUUUGAGAAAGGUCCGUAACUGACUCUCCGACGAAGGUUUUUCGUGAUACUUAAACAAAAGCGUUGUACGGCCUUCACACCUACUUUUUGAAUGCAUCUUUUGGAUGUACCAGUCGACUGUUCGCAGUUUGUUACUCUCCAGUAUAUUUUAUACAAAAACGACCUUAAAAUCCCAAAGAAAUCUUCGAUUGAAUGACAGCGAUUCAGAUCAGUUGGGUUGCGUACAUUGGGUACAAAUGUUGUCAAAUGGUUUGUGUUUCUCGCCGUAAUGUGAUGAUGCUUUAUCUGGCAAAAGACACAUACCUCCUAUCGGCAUGGUGUUUAUUAAAAAAUGGAAUUAUCAUUUUCUUCAACCAUUCGUUCUAGAUUGAUAGUCAAACCACUGGACCAACCAUAAUUUUGACAAGACAAAGGAAGCCCUACUUUGUCCAUUAUGGUGACGGUAUCGAAUCCACAAACGACCGACUUCGAGCCACCACUUCGAAUUUCCAGAAGCACAAGACUCUGAAAUAGAUAAUGCGUUCCCUGUGAAAAAGCUAUUUUAUGUUCACUUCUACGGAGCAAAAAUAAUAUAGCAUUUUGACAGAUGAUGCAUUAACCGUAGCCGAGUCUUGUGCUUCCGAAAAUUCGUAGUGGUGACUUGAAGUCGGCCAUUAGUGGAUUCAAUACCGUUUGGCCUUGGCUACCGCUACCUUCCUGGUGAAAUUUUGUUGAAUUAUAUCUUAUUUCGAGUAAAAAAGUCUCAGAAAUCGAAUGGUAGGUGUCUGAUCAACGUUAAAUGUCAGCGAAAUGUCGAUUUUGCCCCAAUUCCCAUACAAUACUAAAAUAGGUUUAUCUGCUGACAUUUUACGUAGAUCAGACACCUACCAUUCGAUUUCUGAGACUUUUUCACUCAAAAUAAGAUAUAAUUUGACUACCACUUUAAGAUAUUAGCGAAUUACCAUUAAUGCUCAAAAAUAAUCGAUAUUAUUUUGCUUUGUGAAAAAUAUACUAAAACUAUGCCAAACCCGGUUUCGUAGAAUCACCGUUUUGAGCUAUGUUUUUGUCCGAUUUAAGAUCUGUAUUUUUCAAAAGAUGGGUAAAAAGAUGUUAAUAUGUGGACAAAUUCUUAGAAUUUUGAUAUUUGGCCUCAAAACAAAAUGGCGUCGAAAAAACCACAAAAAUUACCGGUUUCUCAAAAAUUCAAAAUGACGCCAUUAUUGCUCCUUAAGUUGAAAUAUGUUCAAACUCGGGGAAAUUCAGUUUUGCAUAAAAAUACACAAAAAAAAAAAUUUAUAUAGAAGACAGGGCAGAAAAAAAGUCAAUUUUUGUUGCACUGUGCUAUCUACAACUUUCACGCAAUAUCACUAAUUCUAUUUCAAGUAACUUUUAACCUAACUUAUAUACUCCUAUUCAAACCCGUUUGACUAAUUCACCAGUCCGAACGUAAUGUGUUUUGAUCUUUAUUAUGUGGUUUAGAUGUGAUGAAAUUCUGGGUUCCGGUGGUGGAGUCGACUUGAACAUUGUGCUCCUCCCCUCCUUGAAAGUUAUUGAAACUUUGGGAGUUAAAGGUAGUGUUGCCACCUAACGUAGAUAUCUUACAGUGGAAACAGUGGAGUAGAUAGAAUGAUUUGCAUUGGCUUGCUUGUAAAAACAUAAUAGGGGAACUGCACCAUUAUUCAUCUCAGCCCAUAUAUUCAUCUCAUACAACAUGAAAACACAAUUGAAAACAGGAAAAACGCAUAUUUUCUAACUAAAAUUAUCUUCUAAUUUAUGGAAUGGAUUCUUUUUAGCUCACUUGAGAUUUCUCAUAAAGUAUAAUCCUUAAAAAACUCACUUAAAAGCUCUUAAUUUGAUAUUAUAGUCGGGCAAAACUCAUUUAAUUCAAUCACCUACCUUAGAAAGCAAAAUUCGUGCUUUGCUCUAAACGGCUACAACGGGACUCGUUCAGCAGCCAACCAAAGCUUUUUUCAUCACUAGCAGACCACUUUUAUUUUAAUCACUAAACAAAAUCACUCACUACACUAAAAAUACUUUAAUCUUUGAAAUGUUUUCCUCAAAUUUCCAAAAACAAGCUUAAAUUAGUAGAAAUAUAUGAGAUAAAUUUCUACAAAUCCUAAAUUUCAACUGUAUGUAUUUUCAUCUGUUUUCACUGCGUUGAAGAAAAUCGAAAGUUGCCAAAUCUGUUUCUGUUAAUACGAGAAAAUCAUACUGAAAAUGUUGAACUAUUUCGACAUAAUUGACAUAAAUCGACAGCACUGCAGUGGUUACCUAACCAAUUCUGCACGUAAACAACUACAGCGGAUAUCUAGGUAACCUACUACGACGGGCUGCGGCUACGUUCAUUCAUGAUAAUGUGAUUCAUUUCAUGAUUCAACAGUGUGGGGGCUUCGUGAGAUGAAUAAUUGAGCAGUGAUUCAAGUUUUGAGAUGGAUAUGGAAGCGUGGUGAAAAAUGGUUUGUUUUACAAAAUUCAGGAUAAAUCUAGCUGAGUUAACUAAAUAUACAAUGCUGAGCGAUUCAAUAACAGCUUGUAAGCGUAUUUUGUUUAUUUGUUCAAUAAUUUCGUGAAAAUUUGGUGUUUAAUCCGUGAAUUCUUCGUGAAUAUCGGCUUAAUGAGAUGAAUAAUGGAACAAUUACCCUACAUCAAUAAAACAAUGUAUUUUGCAACAUUUUGCCUAAGCUGCUUUCAAAAAUCACUUGUUCGUGCUUGUCAGAACUCGAUUUAGCUUUAAUAGUUCCUACGGAAGUAAGUUAUAGCUGCUCGAACUUUUGCUCCAAAACUAUUGUUUUUGCUGGCCAUUAAUUUUGAAAAGUCGAUAACUUCACCAGCAAACUAUUCCUUUCUUAUAUUUAACCAUCAUUAGAUUUGAGUUGGAGAUUGUUAUUUUUGCAAAAAACAUUGAAGGCAGUCAGUUUUCUUGUUAGCCCUAUUGCAAGGUUACGUUUGUCUUUGUAUGGUACAAACCUGCGGAAAGGCCCAUAAUUUGAAAUAUACUAGCGUUUUAGGCAUAAUGCAAGGACCAUCAUAUGAAACGAAAUUUUACACAGCAAUACUAAGCCAAAAUUCAUUUUUGUUAAGAAUUCUAUCGAUUUUUUAAACUGUUAAAGAUACUAUAUGAACUAUUUUCUCAUUUCUCAAUGAGUUUAACUCAAAUAUUUAAAGAACGUCGCAUACAUAUUUGCGUUUAAAAAAAGCAAAAAUCAUUGAGUUCCAUCUAUGAUAAAAUAGGACAUUGUGAGUGAAUAUGACACUAAGUUGAAAAACUUGGAAAAAGUGUCAAAACAAGCUUCGCACGACGGUAGUCAUUAUCCCUAUGGAUUCAACUUGAAACAAUAAAACACAAAUUAUUUGACAGUAGAUCGUUAUCAUAAUGUCACCAUCAUGUUCGUCGAAUGGUUUUAACAGAUCGGGGGUGAUCGAGUUUGCCCCGCGCACGAAAAGUUAUUUUUAUUUUAUUGAAGCAAAUUGAUAAUUAGACAAGGAGCAGUAAAGGCAACAAAUAUAAACCAGUUUGUGUUAACAAUUUGAUAGGCCUGGUUGAAUGCGAGCGGGUUUGUUCGUAAAAUAGAAAAAAAAACAUCGGCAAUAAAAUCUUCAUUCCUCGUGCUCUAAACAAGACAUUAACACAAUUACAUAGUUGUACGAACAUCACAGUCGUGUGAUUGAAUCAUUCGUUUCGAGAUCUAAAUUGAAUUAAAAUUGCACUGCCAACGCAGUGAUGAGAUUUUUACCACCUAUUUAGUUUAAAUUGAGAGACCACAGUACAACUAGCGGCGAAGUGAAUUUGUUGUAAUAAAGUAUCUUUAUUGGGUGUUUCGCAGUUAUACUCAAGAUUCAAAAGACUUUAAACUAUUCAACUAUUUUGGAAGACUGUCGUUUAGUUUGGGUUUGGAAUUCUCGUAAAGCCAAAAAAUUUCAUUUGAACCGUUAGUUGUUACAACCACUUCCGCAACUGCUAUUAGCAAUUAGCCUAGCAAUUAGAGUUGAAAUUGUGAUUUUGUUACAAGACCUUUCAUGAUCAACAAAACGAACAAUCGCACGACGUUAGCUGUCACCACUCGACCUGACAGCCUCUCACGAGCAAGGUUGCCAUUAUGCCAGGUAAAUCUGAUGAUACGCAACAGACAAAACGUUGAAAUUUUCCAGAUUUCAGUCGCAUUCUGCAACAAAUCAUUGCAAUCAAAUAUAGUACACCUGAUGAAUUUCAGCUGAUAAAAUGUCCCUUAGCUGCACGAAAUGGCUGCCAGAUUAUUACCAGACUGCUCAUGAGUGAAAUAAAUGAGUGUCUGGAUUCUGCAAAACUUAUUGAAAGCUUGUGAUAUAUAAGUUCGGUUAAACACUCCGAGCAGGAAGGGGGAAAAUUGAGCGCCGGUCUGCAGCCUUCGUUGGAAAUUAAAAACGGAAAAUUAAAUAACUGUGUCCAACAGUGUUCGUGAUAACAGGCCUAACAUUGCGGCACUCUGCUAAACAACCAAACAAUUAUCAGCAUUUCUCCCAUUAAAACUAACUCCAAAGGAGGCUCGGUCCCUCUGUGCUCCAAUCUCGACCGAUGUCGUGAGUUUCUCAUUGCAUUGCCCACACGGUCGCCGUCGCCGGUUGCAUCUCCUGCUACUGCUCCUCCUGCUGUCGGGGGCUUAUCAACCCGGUUUCACGUUUUGCACUUCGAAACAGCGUAAAGCUUUUCCGUGGACCCGCGCGGAUGGGGUCACCCGUGAUAGAUCUUCGACCCUAGCGCGCGCAGGAGUUCUUAUCGUUGCGCUUCCUAGCUUGAGUCCUAGCAGGUUUCCCUUGCCCUUCGCUCACUUGUCCGAGGGAUAGGAAUGCAACAAGUUACGGCCGUCCCGAUAACACUGGGGCCAUCAGCUCUGCUUACAGAACUGCAGUAAACUUAAACAAUAACCUUCCUCCGCCGGCCGCAUGUAUUUUUUUCUCUGUCCUGCCUCACGCUCCCCUGCUUUGCUAUACGACACGCGGUUCUUGGCAAAUAUGAAACUGACAUCAACCAGGAUCCUGGCUGGAACACCCGGGAGCAGCAAUAAUGGUGGGACCAGGCAAGGGAUCUGAUUCUCUAUGCCAGCGGGGCCGUGGCCAGCUUUAAAACAAUUACAGUGCACAUGAGAGCAGAACCGUUCCGCACUCCCAGAAUCGCUGCGCUCCACGGUCUUUGGGGCUUGAUAGCUGCAUGUUGAAUCCUCGAGAAUUUGCGGUCGGUCGUGUUGCGGCCAGAGGUCGUCCUCCGGCCCCGAAAGAGAGCGUUACGAACGAACGAACGUUCGCUCGUUUGGUUCGCCCACCGCCGCCGCGGAUUAUGAGGUUGGCCAGAGCGGGUAGAGUAGAAAGGGUGUGAUGUUUUUUAUGCUUUAUGUAAUUUUUAUAUGGUCCCCCACUUUGAUGGCUCAGUUUGAGUCGGCGAACGGAUGCCAAGUGGGUGGAGGGUGGGUUCUUUUUUGUUUGUAUCGUGUGAAGAGAUUUUCGACUGAUGACGAAAUUAGAGAUGGUUUGAAAUUUAGUUUGCGCAAAUGGCUAAAAUUUAAAAAUGUUUUUCACAUGGAAGUGAACCCAAUACUUCCACUGCUAUUUAGUAUGAUAAUAUAGAUAUACACAAUUGCCAAAGUUGAAUGAAAGCUUCCGAAAGUAUGUGUAAAAAUCCUACUGUCUAUUAGUUCAAGCAUCAGUGAUAUCUAUCUGUGAAUUACAGUUCCAGGAUUUAGGCAGACUCCAGGGCAAUUUUUGGUACUUAUUGUGAAUUGUAAUAAACAAAGCAUCAAGUUUAGUCUAAAUAGCAUACUUAACUGAAAAAAAUAAAAACGAUUUGCUUCUGACUUUGAACUUCUAAGCGCGAAUGAAUCAUCAUCGUUAUUGGGUUGUAACAUUUUUCACUGGUUUAUCUGUUAAAAAUUUGCGAAUAGAUUAAAAACAAAUAGGACAGAUGGCUAGACCAAUAAAAACUUAGACUAAUGGAUCGCUACAAAGCGUCGGUAGAGCAACAAGUUCUAUUGUAUCAUUAGAGAUUUUUUCUACUCGAAUCAACAAAAUAAUGUUGUUGGUGGAAUUCGUCCGGUCCUUUCGGGAAAUAAAAAAAAGAAUUUUAUGAGCGUUUAGUUGUACUGUCUACGUUCCGACACAAUGACGUUUUUACUUUGAGAUUUAGGGGAAAAAAUAUGCGUCUGAAUUAGACUUUUCUCUUCUCCCAAUCUCUUGCAUUAAAAAAAAAUAUAAAAUGUUUUAGAACUUAUAUUUUGUGUUCUUAAAGAGUAAUGCACACUGGGGUCGCUUUUUAUGCGAUUGGUUGUACCGCAUUUAAAAGAUUAGAUUAGAUAUACUUAUACUAAACUUAUUUGAUUCCGCGUACUAAUGAUCUUUCGAAUCGAGUAGAAAUAAUCCACGUUUUUGUGAAAAUAUCCCGUUUGAAAAAAAUGCAUAAAAACAACUCGCGUAUUGCUGUGACUAAUCCAAUUAUUUCAGAACUUUAGAAGCACUUUUUCGAUAAUCCGGGUCACACCAAAUUUUCACUAUACAGUAAGAAAUAAACUCCUGAUUCGGGACGAUGGCUCGAACAAAUUAAUCUAUGAAGGAACUGGAAAAUGAAACACAAAAAUCAUGUAAUUUUUUUUUGAAUUAUCUGUUAUUUCUGAUUAAACUGAAACCAGAAAUAUUAGAUUUUUAAUCGAUCCAUCAGAUUUAUCAUCCAUAUGCUGAAUAAAUUUAUCACAAUUUUUUUUUAAAUUGUAUGCCAAUUGGUAUUCUAAUUAUGGCACUGUGUUUCGAAAUGACUACCCUAUUUUGGUUGUGCGACUCGGUUAUUUCAUAUUUUGAGAACCUUUUGAAUUUCAAGCAAUAAUUUUUUGAUUGACAAAAUGUUUAACAACUGAAAGCUAGAAUAUAUCAAUUUUAUAAACAAUAGCUGUUUUUUUAUCUUUAAUAACAUUGUUGUUUAUUUUUUAAUUAAAUUUCAAAAAUAAAAAAAAACAUUCUGCAUUGUUCCUUCUAGAUUACUGAAACGUUUAAAUUUAGUAACGGGUUGUGUUGCUGACAAAAAAAGACUAUUCGCAGCAAAGUUGAGCCAUCGAAACAGAAAUAUCUUCAUUAUAUCAACUAUCAGUGGUUUUAAUUUAGAUUAUAAAUAUAUUUUUGUGUCAUGGUUUCAUCAUUUUCGGCUGUUCCUUUAGCAACCACAAUAAAACCAACUAAGAUCUUCUUCUGUGGGAAGCUAGCUGAGCUCAGCCAGAAACUUUCCGACAAGAGCGUUACAAUCUUUCCAGUCAACAAUUGACGGAAUCUAGAGUGAAACACCGGCACCCUUUCUGGCCGCUGUGUUGCUCUUUUGGUGUGGGUUAUAUUUUCUUUCUUUUUCAUUCGUUAUUUUCUCUCCUCCGGAGAGUCUCGACGUUGUGAGCAAGAGUAAAAGCUUAACGAGCGCGGAACCAAAGAGAUAAUAUACCUACAGCCAGCAAGUUUAGACUUGGUGCUUCACACCGAAAGCAGACAGCGAACCUCGUUGAACGGAAUAUCGAACGAGUCGAAAAAAAUUGACCACACACACACACACAUGCACACACUCCUUAGUACUCCGAUCGGGUGCGAGAAUGCGGGUGGGUUAAACAAGGGGGCUGCUUUGAGCACGGCACGGAGGGAAGGUGUAUGAUUUGAGUAAAGAGUAAAACGCGAUAAAAAAAGAGCGCAGCAGCUGCGGUAGAAGAAAAGAUUGGGACAGAGUAACAAGAAAACCUCAGCCACGACUGUUUGACUAAAAUGUGAUCUACUAUACAUUAUAUAAUUUAUCUUAAAGUUAUCUAAAAACGAGCAAAGUAUAAAUAUUAAACCAUAGAGUUGGUAUACUGGAGUAGCAGAAGAAAAAAGCGAAAAACCAUACAGGGCAGUAGAAGAUGCUCGCCACGAAGCGAAACGAUUUAUUGUAUAAUCAUGGUAUUAAAAAGACUAUCCCGAGAGAAGCCAACAUGUAAAUAGCAAAAAAAAACUUUUCAACCAGACAGUAAGAACACAAAAAUGUAGCAAGAGAAAAAUAGCCGAUGUGUACUCUACUGAAACAGAAGAAAAAAACAAAACAAAAGCAUUAAUUUUCUCUAAUUGUAAAAAGUAGGAACAAAUCUGUACCAAAAAGGAAAAAAAAUAAGAUCACCUCUCUUACCGUGACAACUUUUAACCUCACAGAGAGCGAAGCAGAAGACACAGAAACGAAAGAAGCGAAACUAAGUUGCACAAAAUAUGUUAAACCGAGAUAAAAUCUGCCAGCAAAGCUGCUGAAAGUCAACCAAAUAAAGCAUUCUCUGACGAGUGAACCCGCCGCCGGCUAGGUUCAGCACCGCGCGCCCCCGUUCAUCGUGGCGCAAACAUUCCGUGGAAAAUUGCGCUGCUUUUCAUGUUUCGCGCAAGCCCAAUGAUGACUGCAAGUUGAACGUUUACCUUUUGACUUUCACUGCGGUACGUUUGCUAGUUUCGACUCAACCGACGAUAGGAUCAUUGGCAAAUAUAAAACAUUCCAACUUCGGUUCUCUCUAGCAGUCAUCAUAGGCUGCUCUCGCGGCUAUCAACCAAUCAAUCAGCGCCCUCGCCCAGUGCGGGCGGAGUGCUUUCCUACGCGCGGUGCGGUGCGGUACUUUCGACUUUCGCAGCGAGAACUAAAUCACCACACAUUUUUCACCGUUAUCGCCACUUGCCAGUUUUAAACGUUAUCAUUUUUUUCUUAAUUUUGUGAAACCAGACAGUGACAUUAUUCUUGCUCAGCUCUAACGUUUAUCAGUUUGGGAAAAUGUGCCAAAAUUUGCAUUAGCCGACAGCUGUCAACCGUCAGUCACAGCGCCAGACGAACAGAACAGGUUAGGAAGGGCAGGCCAAAUUCCCACAGUGACAAAACCGCGGCGCUCAAAGCAAAUAAACAAAACAAAACAAACAGUUUAGAGAUUCGAUAAUUGUCGGUUAGACGCCAACUUUCGGUUGUUAGAAAUUAAAUGUGAUCUAGUCGGUAGUACUUGUUGCUAGUUCAAAAUUUGUUUUAGGGAAAAGUUAUGCUGGAAGAAAGGAGUUAAACGACAAACUGAACCGACAGCUGUUUCGAACGUUGUUAUAGCAGGUGACCACCCCGCUAGAGCGGGGUGUUUUGUAUAUAUUCUAUUUUCUUUGGUGAGUAAUCUAUAAUAACGCGUAGGUUGGCGAUAAAUCUAUCGAAAUGGGAAUGUCACAAAGUUGUACAGUUUAUCUUUAUUCUUUAUUUCACGAAAACCGAAAUGAUAACAGUGAUGUGAAUGUUUGCUCUGAUGUGUUCUGUAAAUUAUUUGUAAAUAUGAGAACUUUCUGUAAAUUUGUAGCUAUUACUAAGAAAUUGAUAAAUACAGAAAAAACUGGAAAUAUUU